CGUAAGCCGCCUAACUAGCUUUUGAGCAAGUCCGACCAUUUGCUGCAAAUCGGUAAAAUAUGAAGGGUAUUAUGGUCAAAUGAUGGAGAAUUAGUAUAUAAACCGCCUAACUAGCGCUUCCCCGGCAGAAUCCCCAAUUUCGCCCGUCGCUUACAAAACAAAACCAUGAUCAACCGAUCCAAGGCCGAGGCCAAGGCCAGGUUCAAGGCUAAGGCCAAGUCGAAGUCCCUAGCCGGACGAGGAUCCGGAUCCUGGCAGGGGAAGAUUCCAGGCCAACCGACGAAGCCCGGAGGUGAGAUCCGGACUCCUCCCUCUUCUCAUGAUGGCCCUCCUACUCAACUCAAAAAUCAAAAGGCUGUUGAAAAGAAUCUGGCUAAAGUCCAGCUUGACAAGGAGAAUUCUACUACUCCAAAACCAAAACCAGAAAAGAGAAAGAGCAGAAUGGGUAGAACUUUCCUAUUCACAGACCCUUGUCGAAUUUGCAAUGUGUUUGGGCACUGGACUGAUUUAUGCCCCUACCUGAAAUUUGUCCCAUACAACGUAACUAAGGUUGGCAAGGGCUAUGAAAUACAUGACGGCCGCCAUGGGAGGUAUGCUGCUCCGAUUUAUUGUCUUAACUGUACGGUGCCGGUUGAACACGAGGCUGGAAAAGUGCCCGUACGACAGCUGAUGCAUGGCAAGUAAUCCAGGGCCAUCAUG